AUGGAGGGAAUUUCUCAUGAGACCCAUAUCACCUACGGCUCUGAGGGAGAAGAGCCCAGAUUACAGAUAUGUGCACCCAACACCACCACAGCUGUCCUUACUGAUCUGAGACCUGGGAUGACAUAUACUUUCAACCUCACUGCCAUCCUUCCAAAUGGCAUCUGCAGCAAGACCAGCACAACAUCCAUACAAACAAGAACUAGUCUGGAUGAGCUGGUGUGUGACUUGGGACUGGAAGACCACCUGAAGAACAAGCUGACUCUGAGCAAGGUGCUGGAGAUUGAUGGAGAGACUUUAACUGAUGAAAGCAUCCAGACUCUGAAAUUUCUGCCGUGGGGUUUCCUGAGGAGGUUGAUGACGAUGAAUAUAAAUGCAAGGGGUGUGAGGUGCGCCUCAAAACAGCACAUGCCUUCCCAGACCCUGGGCAGCUUACUGGACGCUGCAUGCAAUCCACAGGGCCCCAGCAAUGUAGUCAACCCCCUGGACCUCAUAACUGCUGUGUUUCUCUGCUCAGAUGGCUUUCUCCAGCAGGAGAUGGUUUUGAAAAUGUCCAUGUGCCAGUACUCUGUGCCUCUGCUGCUUCCUAAGUGUGAUACACAGCAGUGCACGUUAAUGCUCUGGGCCAUGAGGGAUAUUGUGAAAGCGUUCAAGCCGCAUUCUUUGACAGACCAAAGUGGGUUUGUAGAGGAGAGCAUUGUUCUCUCUGAACUCCCCAUGGUCUCUUUUGUGAGGCUAGGAAACAGCAGUUUGUCCAAGUCUCACAUUCUAAAUCAAGUUCUCAGCAACUCUCAGCAGUACCAGAACACCUUUGUUCACAGAAACAUGGAGUGCGGUAACACCCCAAGGAGGAUUUCCAAUGGGCUGGUGGAGAUCAGCUGGUAUCUGCCCAGUGGAAACAGAAACAUCUUCUCUGAGCCACUGGCUAUAGCUAACCUUCGUGGGGACCUCAGUGACUUUGAAACUCAGUACGCUUUCCUCUGCCGCACCUCUGCUGCCAUAUUUGUGUUUUGUGAUGAUUUUGGGUUUGAUUAUAAAAUUCUGGACUCCCGUCACAUUCAGGCUCAUUGGUUCUUGAUCACCAAUUUACAGGGCAAGAGCUGCAAUGAGGAUGACUUCAAGAGAUGUACUUCUGAGUUAAAGCUAAAACCAAGUAACAUAAUCAUAAAGGGUUUGCAGAUGAACGAUGCAGAAUUUGUGAAUAAAUUGUGUUCAACUAUGACUGACAUUUUAAAGGGAAACAAGAUCAAAAAGAGCAUUGAACAGAUGUCUGCUGUUGCCCAUGAGCUUGGAAUCCUGGUUGAUGAAGAAAAUAACUGCUGUAAGAAUGGAAAGCGGGAAGCUGAUAAAAUGACAGGAAGAAUACAUGAUAUACCAAGCUUCAAGGAGAAAGAGCUGCCCUUGCAAGGGACUGCAUGGAAACAGCUGGCCAAACUGGAGAAGGAAGAGUGCAGGAUGAAAAAUGCAGGGGAGAAAAAUAUAGAAGCUUACAGGAAUGAGCUUGCAGAACAGAAGCAGGAGCUCAGAGCACAGCAGAGGGCUCACAACAUCUCAGAGUCUAUGGCCCAUUUCAUCUCUGCAAUAUCCAAUUCCACAGAGGAGCGCAAGUAUUUUCUCAAGUGGCUGAGGAUCAACCUGGACAACCUGUCACGCAAAACCCUUUCACUUCUUCGGAUGCAGUACAAGGAACUGUGUCAGAAUUCUCAGAAAAACAAGGAGCGCAUUGCAGAGUUGGACAAGAAAAUCUCCAAGUGCUCCUUGGGGGCGGAGCACUUCCUGCGGGAAAUGGGUCAGCUGUACGAAUCAGCCUGCUCACUCCCCGAUGGCCCCACCCCUGAAAUUCAGUGCCUGCCACGUCUGGCUGCUGAGCUGCUACAGGAAGGCUUUCCUCUGGAGCUGGUGGAUGGAGAUACAUCCAACAUUCCUCUGCAGUGGGUGACACAGAUUCUGCAGGAACUCCAUCAACUAACACAGUGUAAAGGAAACAUCCGGGUGGUCACUAUACUGGGGGUGCAGAGCACUGGGAAGUCCACCCUCCUGAACACCAUGUUCGGGAUCCAGUUUGCCGUCAGUAGUGGCAGGUGCACAAAAGGGGCCUUCAUGCUCUUCAUCAAAGUAAAAGAGGAUUUUAAAGAGAAGCUUGGGUGUGAUUACAUUGUGGUUCUUGACACUGAAGGUCUGAAGUCACCAGAUUUGGCCCAGUUGGAUGACAGUUAUGUGCAUGAUAAUGAACUAGCCACUGUGGUGGUGGGGCUGAGUGACAUCACAGUCAUCAACAUCGCCAUGGAGAACUGCACAGAUAUGAAGGACAUCCUGCAGAUUGUGGUGCACGCCUUCCUGCGUAUGAAAGAAGUUGGGAGAAAACCCUGCUGUCAGUUUGUGCACCAGAAUGUAGCAGAUAUCUCUGCCCAGGACAAGAACCUGAGGAGUAGGAAGCUUCUGCUGGAACAGCUGAAUGAGAUGACCCAAGUAGCAGCUAAGAUGGAAAAGAAGUUAAACAUCCAAAAUUUUACUGAUGUCAUGGAGUUUCAUCCAGAGAGAAACACCUGGUACAUCCCUGGGCUCUGGCAUGGUAGCCCUCCCAUGGCACCUGUGAAUCCUGACUACAGUGAUUCUGUGAAUCUGUUCAAGAGGAGUGUGAUUGAGCAUUUUAAGGAACACAAAUCAUCUGGAAAGAGCUCACCACACACAUUCAGUGAGUUCCUUGAAUGGACCAGUAGUUUGUGGAAAGCAAUAAAGUAUGAGAACUUCAUCUUCAGUUUCCGCAACAGCAUUGUGGCUGAUGCUUAUACUCAGAUUUGCACUGAGUUCAACACAUGGGAGUGGGCCUUCAGGAAGAGCAUGUACAUCUGGUUAAGCCAAGCUGAGGCAAAGGUGUUGAACUUUAGUUCUGUGGCAGCACAGACUCGGCAAUUCUACAAUGCAAAUGACUUACUUAUCACCCUGAAAUGUGAGGCCUCCCUAGAACUCAUUAAAGGGGAAAAGCUCAUUUUGGACAAUCUCACAGAAUUCUACAAGAGGUCUGACGGACACAUUCACUUAGUAGAGAAGUACAAGGCAGACUUCAUCAACACAGUCAAAGCCAUCCGGAUGGAGACAGAGAACUCUGUAAAUAACAAGCUUGAUGCAGCUGUGGCGAUUAGAAGGGGUAUGAUCAGGUUAGAGGAAAUCAAGAAAAAUCACACAGCUGUAAUGGAGGCAAAGGUGCUGGACCUGGUUGAGAAAUGCAGGAAAAGUAAAGAUCUGUCAGAUCAAGAGCUGGAGACUGAAUUUGGGAAAAUGUGGAAAGAGACCGUGGCAGAAUUGCAGUUCUUUGGCCUGGAGAAACAAGACAUUGUCCAAGACGUCUACCACCAGCUGCGUGUUCACUUAGGCAGAGAAGGCAGUUCAGUACAUGAAAUGCUCUCCAAAGUGGACGACUUGUCUAAAUGUGGAAUGGAGCCAUUCAAAGUGAAGAGUAAAGGAAUAUUUAAAAAGAUAUUGGGCAAAAUGUUUGAGGAUGAGGAGAAUAUAAAAGCACAAAAGAUGGCUGAUCACAUCAUCAGGUGCAGCAGGCAUUUUGUGGAUGAGAAAGUGAGAACAAGGUGUGAUUACCAUAAAACAUACAUGAUUGACUUGUUUCAUAUGAUAGAUGAAAACCUGGACAGGCACAGGUGUCUGGAAACAAGUGCUGAGUUUCAUGCCAUAUUGAAGAUCCACAUUUGUGGACAUGCAGCACGGGAGUUUCAAAAAAUGCAUUUGGAUUUUAUCCAUACAAAUGAUCCCUGUCACUGUCUGGAGCAGUUCAAGGAACAGUACUGCACUGACUUUAAGGACCUGUUCAAUAAAAGAGACCAGUGUCAGAAGAAAGCAGAGGAGUUCGCCAAGAACUGUCUUGCACCUGCAAUGAAGGAAUACAUCACCAAGUCUCUGGGCCCUGACCUUGUGGAUGAAGUGUUGACAGGGAAGAACUCCGUUUAUUUCAGCACUCAAUCCUUCUUCCAGUUCUUAAUCCUCUGGCGGCUGCUUUCAAAUGAUUCCUUUAGGCAAUUUAUGGAUUACAUAGACAAUUAUGAGACCUUUGUGGAGGACUGGAUAUUCGAUCAGGUGGUACAGCAGGUCUCAGAGGACGACAGCCUCAGGAAAAUUGAGAUUAAGCACCUGAAGGUGAUGAUUAAACGAUUAAAGAAAGCCAUUGAGAAAGCAGAGAUGAAGGCCAAGGAAAUAGUGACAGAAAAGGGUGAAGCGGACCAGAACAUUCAGCAGUUCAUUCAGGAUAUCUGUAGUGACCUACAGGAGCUUGCCAUCCCCGAAGACCCCCUCAGAGCCAUCCUGACCUUAAACACUGCCAAGCCAGAAGACUUUUCCCAGUGUCUGAAGGUGCUUGUGGAUGAAAUGGAGUCGUCCUUUACUGCAGAGCCUCAGAGGGGUGAGGAUGUGAUAACCAGGCUGACCUCACUGCCCUUUCAGCCACAGAAGGUGCUGUGUAACAGGAUGAUUGGCUGUGGGAGGCAGUGUCCCUUCUGCAAGGCCCCAUGUGAAGCAGGCGGAAAGAAGCACACAGUGCACUUUGCUUCUAUUCACCGUCCACAGGGGAUCGGGAGAUUCAGAUAUGAUGACUCCGGUAAAUUAAUGAUUGAUAUCUGCUCCUCCUGUGUUGCCAGUGAGGGAGUGUUCAGGUUGAGUGAAACAGAGGGGAAAUGGCAUCUAUACAAGGACUAUCAGAGCAUUUACCCUGACUGGCGCAUCCAGCCUAACAGCAGCAUCCAGGCCUCAGACUACUGGAAGUACGUCUUCAACAGGCUUAAUGGGCAGCUUGCCGACCUAUAUGAGGCUAAACCUGCAGACAUUCCCUCUCUUUGGAGAGAUAUAACCCAAGACCAAGCCAUGAAAAGCCUGGAGGAAUCCUUCAAGAUGAAAAUAGGAGAUUAAAUUGGUCUUACAACCCAUAAUUCAGUUGUAUUAAUAUCCAGUAGUCUACACACAAGCACAUGGAGAGCCCCAACCAAGUUGAAUGGUAUGAAAUUACUGAAGUUUUUGUACUAUACAAAUAUUCAUUAAAAAAGAGCAUUCAAUUAAAUGAUCACUGAUGUUUGGAAAGAGUGAGAAUGUCCAAUCACUGAUACAGACAUUUCUGCAGCCUUCAAUGAGUCUUCUCUGGUACUAUGAUACAUAAGUACCACCAGUCAGUCAUUAUAUUCAUAAAAUCAUAUACAUGCAGUAAAGUGGUAUUACCUUUAACAUGACCUGUGCAACAUUUCUCUAUGCACACACUGUCUUUGAAUUAACAUGGCUGAGCUCUGUUCAUUGUUCCAUUGAUGCGGAUGCAUAAUCAGGGAUGGUAAAUAGGCUGUGAUAUUUUGACAGUUUGUUUAAUGUUGUGACCAUCUCUAUAUAAAAGAGAAUACUUUUUACAAAAAUGCAAAAUAUGUUUUCUAUCUAAUUAUUAAUCAUUUUAUGUCCUUCCUAUGAUUAAAGUUUUUCAUAUUAAUAAAGCACAUAACAUUUAUGAGUCAGUGGCUACAUUGUCAGCUCUGCAUCACUGCUUGCUUGGCUGUUUGAAAUAAUAAAUUAAGUGUCUGGAUAAUCUGGUUACACUAUAGUAUAACUAGUUCACAUGUCUAUUAUCAUAAUGAAUGUAUAUUUUCCUUGAAUAAAAGCUGGAAUAAAAAGUUUUUCUUAUCUA